GAACAACACUGAACCUGUUGAAAUUUCCAAUUAUUAAUCCUACAUGUGACAGGAUAUUCCGAAGGCAGGAGAGGCUGAAAGAGGAGGCAGCAAAAACAGAUGAUCAGCUAAGCAGUGAAGAAAAGAAGUACCUUAAUCACCUUAAAAAGCAAGGUUACUUCGUGGGAAGAGUUGGAAGAACAUUUCAGCGGCAGAAGUCUAACACUGUGGUUGAUUUUGACCCUGACAUGCUCUCCUACAGCAUAGAUGAAGAUCCCAGACAUUCCCCUAGGAAGUGUGAGGAAAGGGAGGAGUUCACAUACAACGAAGUGAAGGAUGCUCGCUGGUGUUUCGACACUCCAGGGAUUGUAAAGGAAAACUGUGUUUUAAAUCUCCUGACAGAGAAAGAAGUAAAGCUGGUUUUGCCAACACAUGCCAUUGUUCCACGGACCUUCAUUCUCAAGCCAGGAAUGGUCUUGUUUUUAGCAGCCUUGGGACGUGUGGACUACUUAGAGGGAAAAAAGCCUGCCUGGUUUUCUGUUGUGGCUUCUAACCUGUUGCCAGUCCGCAUUGCUACCUUGAGUAACGCAGAUGCCAUCUACGAGGAGCAUGCUGGCCAAGAGUUUCUAAAGGUUCCCAUGGGUGGGGAAGAGCGAAUGAAAGAGUUCCCCCCGCUUGUCCCUCAAGACAUUACACUGAAAGGAAUUGGUACCAGUGAGGCAGUUGCAGAUAUCAAGCUUUCCUCUGCAGGCUGGGUGGCAGUGACGGCUCACGCAGAAGAGAAUCUGCAGCUCCGAGCCUAUACUCCCAAGGGCACCGCGUUGGUGGUGCGGGAUCCUCCCCUUUUGCCGUACAUCAGUACCAUCAAAGGGGCCCGGAUCCCCGGCACUGCUGCCUAUAGGACCAAAAAGCCUCCCUCUCUGGUGGAAAACCUGAAAACUGCAGGGAACAGAGAGCACUUCUCAUGAUCUGAGCAAGGUAGAA